GCAGAAUUGUUUUGAAAAAAAAAAAAAAGUUUGAUUGAACCAGUUGGUACUGCAUUGAAGCGAUUCAAAACUCAUCCACUUUGUGGCUAACAAAAUCAACGGAGAAAGUCGUCCUUAUUUUCAUCAUCUAACUGUGUAAUUCCUAGCAGACUUACCAACGUGUGGCCUUUCGGAAAGCAAUUCGCCUAUGCGCAUCCAAUACCCAUAACAUGCGCACCCUGGCUGAUGAAACCAGGAAAUUAAAGUUGAAUAACAACAACAAUAACGCAGUUUACCAAAAAACCACUGUAACAUUAGUAGCACAGUCAAAAAAUUCAAAUAAGAUCGCCAAGAUGCAACAGCAAGGCAACGUUGCGACCGCUGCCACAUCGACGGCUGUUCAGCAAAAGCAGCAGCACCAACAGCAACAACAACACAAACAACUGCAGAAUAAUAACUCUACAACAAUAACCUUGCCGAAGGCUUCGCAUGCAAACACAAAUGAAGAGAUCGCCGGCGGUGUGCAGGACACCAUUUACCUUUGCAAUUUUCGCGUCUCCGUCGACGGCGAUUGGUUAUGUCUGAAGGAGCUACAAGAUCUUGACAUUGGGCAGCAGCAUAGCGGUGGGAGUGGCACUACAACGGGCUGUGGUCUACAGCGUGGCGCACAGCUGGGCAAAAAGAACAAACGCUAUUCGGGAAUGUCGAAUGGACUGGAUGAUAAUGGUAUAUUGACAGUCCGUAGCUUGCUGGGCCGUCGUUUUAACGACGCACCCGAACAUGUGUACAAGACGAACAGUUUGUCGUCGUCGCACUUGCUUACCGCACGACAUGCACAUGCAGAUAAUGGCUUGAUUGGUGUGUUUGGUGUUGGUGGUACUGGUGAAUGGUCCAAUCACCGUAGGUUGCUUGUUUAA